AGCUUCUAAAAUAGCGUAAUGACGCAAACGGACCUCAGGAAAUAUCCAGCUCAAACUAAAACCUGUCUAUAGUUUCAUUCAAGAUGUUUUUAGAAACUAUUUCAAAGAUCAUAAAAACCCAGCUUCCAGCCUACCUCAAGAAGUUCCCCCUUCCCGAGACGAUCGGAGGAUUUGCGAGGUUAACAGUCCUUGAUUGGCUCCGGUUGCUGCCUCUCCUGGGAAUCUUGGCCCUGCUGGGCUACCUCACCAUCCGGCCCUUCCUGCCCAAGAAGAAGAAGCAGAAGGACAGCCUGAUCAACCUGAAGAUCCAGAAGGAGAACCCCAAAGUGGUUAACGAGAUAGAUAUUGAGGACUUGAAGAGCACAAAUGUCUGCUACUGCCGCUGCUGGCGCUCCAAAACGUUUCCUGUUUGUGACAAAUCACACAUAAAGCACAAUGAGUUGACUGGAGACAACGUGGGGCCUCUCAUACUCAAGAAGAAGAUAUUAUAAUCCAUCUCUAACACUGAGGGAGCCGCCAUCUUCACUCCCUCCUGUCUUUAGUUCUUUAAAGAAAAUGUAUUUUAGGGCAUGGCCUUUUGCACUCUUCCAAAUUGCCUUUUGUUUUGGUAAAAAAAAGAUGGCGCAUACUUUGCUUUUGGCAGUGAUAUGCUUUAGAAAUGUUGGUGGCACGUUAACUCAGAUUUUACCAUCAACACUUUUGUAAAUCUUAUUUAUUUCAACUUGCCAAUAAUGGGCAUUAGAGGUUAUACCACAGAGUAGCAUAAAACCUUUAAAACUAUCACCACUCCCUCUUAUUGUCUCUUUCUGAGAACCUUUUGUACAGUGGCCAUUUUCCAGUCUGGCUAGUAGCUCUUGUUAGAAACCGUUAACCUUGGUCUCCUUGGUAGCACCGCUCGGUUUCAAACUAUUGGGAUCACAUUGAGGGUAAUUUGAACUUAAGUCAUAAUUGCAAUCAGGGUAGCAACUUACUAUUUAGGGUAGUAGUAUAUUUUGUUCAGUUGAAAAAAUAUAUAUACUUAGCCUUUUCAGUCUCCGAACUACUGUAAGCUUGAAGUCUUUCACUUGCUUACAAACAUACUUACAGUAUUUGUUUUCUCUUUGUUCAUAGCCUUAAUUCUGUGUUCAUACUGUUGUAUAUUCAAUCUGACAAUCUUAAGACAUCUCAAUUUCACAAAACUCCUCCACUCAACAAUGAACCCGUGUUUUUCUACAAAUAUUUAAGCAAUUCAAUUCUUUUGCCUUUACAGUAUCAAACGUGUCAGUUGUCUGUCUGACUUUGCAUUAAAACUGAAUGUAUUGCAAAUAUUUCUUAAUUCAUUCAUCAACAUGAGAUUUGAAGGUAUCUGAUCCGUAUGUUAAAUACCAAUCCAGUUUUCCUGGGAUUUAGGCAAACUGUGCCCGCCUGUGGACUUUUGUAAAAAUAAAAGUUGACCUGAG